UUUCGGAACACAAAAUUCAACUUUCAACUAAAACACCAACGGCUCUAUAGUGGCAUUUUUGUUAUUCCAAAUCAAUUGAAAGGCACUUUAGCAGAAUAACAAUUACUACAUCGUAAAUUCUCUUCAUUCAACCUUUCUUCCCGCUAGUAAAUCACAUGAAUUUCCUGUUUUACCCUCAAAACUAUACUCAAUUUUCAAACCUUACCCCACUCUGAAAAAACAGUUCUUUCUUUCUUCUCUUUGGUUUCUUGUUAACCAUCCAUGGAACUAACCAUGGCGAAACACGGUUUUCUAAGGAACAUUCUCGUUCGCGUGUUUUCCUUCGCUGUUCUCAUCUUCGCCGCACGUUUCGCCAUUAUCGUCACCGUCCGCGGCGGAUCCUGCGACUCUUCCGAUUUCUGUUUCUUUUCCGAAAAUCUGAACCUCACUGCUCCCUCUCAUCUUGCCGGCUCCGGAGAUCCAUUUUCCGGCAAGAACUGGCGCCGUUCCGUCGAAUACUACGCCGCUAGUUUCCAGGAUCUUGUCGCAGAGGGUUCGCUCUCACCGAACUCUAAAGCUUUAUGUAUCGAUACUCCCACCGGAGAAGACGUGUUGGCGUUGAAAGAAAUCGGCGUGGUUGAUUCCGUCGGGAUUUUCAAGAAACCUUCGUCGCCGUUGAUCGUUCAUGGAGAGGGCUACCGGCAUCCUUUCCCUGAAGACUCCUUCGACUUCGAAUUCUCCGGAAAUGGCGCCUUGGAAAAUACCCCUAAACCGGCGGAAUUCGCCGCGGAAAUCUCCCGGACUCUCCGACCCGGCGGAUUCUUGGUAGUUCACACGGCGGCGAGAGACGCUUAUAGCUUCAAUUCAUUCCUUGAAUUAUUUAGUUGCUGUGAGUUGAUCAGAACAAGAGAGAUCAACGGUGUUGAUUCAUCCACAAUUCUCGAGAUUCUGAUGAAAAAGAAAAUCCCCGAUUUCAAAACCCUAAAUUCACCCCCAAUUUUCAAUUCAGUGAAAAAAUGCUCUUUUCCAAGGUACAAACGUCAAAUAGUGAAAACUGCAGAAACAUUGAUACUUCAAGAGCCAUUGAAGCCAUGGAUUUCAUUGAAAAGAAACUUGAAGAACAUAAAGUACUUAACUUCAUUGGUUGAUAUAAGUUUCAAGCACAACUAUGUGUAUGUUGAUAUUGGAGCUAGAAGCUAUGGUUCAAGCAUUGGAAGCUGGUUCAAGAAACAAUACCCAAAACAGAACAAAACAUUCGAGGUUUAUGCAAUUGAAGCUGAUAAAACCUUUCAUGAAGAGUAUAGAACAAAAAAGGGUGUAACUUUGUUACCCUAUGCAGCAUGGGUUAGGAAUGAAACAUUGUUCUUUGAGAUUACAAGAGACCCAAGUAAGAAAAUCAUGAUGAAUGGUAGAGGAAUGGGGAGGAUUAACCCUGUUCAAACAUCUUCAAGCCAUAUGGGCGAUAAGGAUAAGAUUCAAGGCUUUGAUUUUGCUGAUUGGUUGAAAAGUGUUGUUACGAGUAAGGAUUUUGUGGUUGUGAAGAUGGAUGUUGAAGGAACUGAGUUUCACUUGAUACCUAGGUUGAUUCAAACAGGGGCAAUUUGUUUGAUUGAUGAGCUUUUUCUUGAGUGUCAUUAUAAUAGGUGGCAGAGAUGUUGUCCUGGUCAGAGAAGUGCUAAGUUUCAGAAAACAUAUUCUGAGUGUUUGGAUUUGUUUACUUCACUCAGAAAUAUUGGAGUUCUUGUUCAUCAGUGGUGGUGAAUGGUGAUAAUCCAUAGUACAAACUUGUGUUGUGUGUAUAUUUUUUCUUCAUGUUUUUGUCACAUUUUUUUUGUAUAGGCUUUUAUAAGAUUAAAUUGAUUCUUUUGUAGAUUCUUUUUUAGUCAAUUGUUAUUAUCAAUGCAGAUGAAGAGUUUAAUGAAUCAGAGAUUUUGUUUAUCUUAUUGGUUUCUUCAUCCAACUAGUAGCAUUUUGUUGUUGCUG